GGCCAUGGUGGUGCCCUGGUAUCUUGCAUGUUCCACAGUGCCUUCAAGCAGUCGCCACAGCCUCAGGACUGGCACAUUCACUUGAGCUGCCUGAGUGGAGCCUUUGGGUAAAGUUGGCAGGACUCUUGCAUCAGAGAGGAUCACACACACAAAUGAAAGUUUUCCCUGAUCUGGGGGCUCACAGGCUAGUGAAGGGAAAAGGUACUUUUAGGUAUAGACAGGUCAAUGGUGUUGAGAGCAGAGAGGAGGCCCCUGCCCCCUUCAGCAAGGGGAGGGGGUGAUACCUGGAAUGGCCUGAACCAAAGGGCAGGGAGAUGAAUGUCAUUUAGUGAUGAAAUGGUAUAGCUGGGAAGCAGGUGCAUGGGAUGGGGAGAAGGGGUGAGGCUGGGCCCAGAGUCUGGGUACCAGGUUAAGGAAUGUGGGCUAGAUCCAGAGGGUGGGGGAUGGGGGUGGCAACUGAAGGUGUUUCAGUAGGAAAUUGAUAGGCUCCAGGAGUAAAGCAAAAGGCAUGGAGCCAGGCAUAGGCCAGUUGAGGCCCAGGUUAAGAGGGGUGGACACUCAUCACUGCUAUUUGGGUCUGUGCUAUGGGUAGGCUCCUAUAGCCCUGGCCUGCCCAAAGGAAUGCACAGGGGCCUCUUAAUUGUAUGCAUUCCCUAAGGAGAGCACAUUUUUGUUCAGUUUUUACACCCCUCAUUUACCCACCUCAAGCCUGGGACUCCUAUAUGGGAGAUAUUCUGCUGGUGGCCUCACCCAGCACCCUGUUCUCUCUGGGCCCUGGGUUGGUCUGGCAUAAAGGAUGAUAUGUGCUGAAUGCCCAGGAAAUGGCAGAGACAACCCACAUGCCCUUCCCUCCAGGCGUCCAUAAAUAGAUCUGUCCACACUGGCUGUGACAGUCCCAGCAGAGCCUCUGACCCUUCUAGCUGGGUCCUGAUACAUGUUUUCUGUGCUGGCCAUGUUAUUUCCAGUCGCAGAUCCUCUGGAGGGUUAGGCGGGUGCCGCCGCAACUCUUGGAGAUUCCAAGCAAAGCAGCUCUGAUAAGGAGGUUUCUGACCCCCCAGUGAAGCAGCUGAGGAUGGGAACCAGAGGGGUGCUCCCUCUGCCAGCAGCAUUACCAUUACCAUUACUCUAGCAGCUCCGGUGGGGAAGGAGAGGGAUUUCCGUUGUCCCCGGUCUGGCCCCCUGGUUAUUGAAAAAGUUCAGAAUUACUGUCUCCCCUUGUGGAGUGGUCUGAGUGUUGGGAGUACCCAGGAAGGUGCCCUCAGGAGCAGUGCCCAUGGCUCCCCACAUCAGCCAGAGGCCCAACCCCGGGAAGCCACUCCUGCCCAGGGAUGGGGAAGGCAGGCUGGGUGGCUGUGUGCACUGCCCUGGGCCAGCUCACUUGAGCCUGCUGAGCCGCCUAGCCAAACAUGAGCCUCUCUCCUGUUGCAUCAGAUGCUGCUCUGGGGACCUGCGCCAGGAGCCUCUGCCAGGGCUUUAAAUAGCUGCCCCCAUUGAUCCGGCUGCAGGCAGCAGAAGCCACACUGGGUCAGCCUCCAUCAAGCGCUCAGGUUUCCCUGAGGACUGGAGUCAAGUGCCAGGGAAUUGCGUGGUCUUCCCUAUGACCUGGUGCUCCCCUCACCUGUCUCCGGGGCCUGGAGGGUGGGGAGGACUCUUGUCACUUCAUCUGCAGCAAAAUACAGCCCCCACCACCUACCAGAGAAAACCGUCUGGCAUUGUAGGGAGAGGGGGUUUGCCUUCAAAAGACUGUUGCUUACUUUCAGUAGAAUGGGGAAUGACACUGAUACCUUCCUUAAGGGUUGUUAUAGGGAUGAAAUGUACGUAAAGAGCUCAACAGGGCACUGGACUCACUCCAUUGAUGGCUGUCUUUGCUCGAAGUGUCUUCCUGAUGCUGCUGCUGUUGCUGCUUGUGCUUUUUCUAUGCUUACAUUCUCUCUCUCUCUCUCUUUCUCUCUCUCUCUCUCUCUCUCUGUCUCUGUCUCUCCUCUCCCCCGCCCCACCCACUUUCUGACAAAGCCACCACCAUUUUGUAAGGAACUGUAGCUUCUCUCUGAAACUGCCGGGAAAGGGAAAAUCUUUUUAAAAUAGCCAUCACACAACUAACAGGGUCCCCAGGAUUCAGGUGGGGAGGUGAGAUCGAGUGAGAGGAACGGCUUAGCAGACGCGGAGAUGCUCCUCCCUUCUCACCCCUCCGAGCUAAGGAGAAGGUCACUUUCUCUUUAAAUGCAAAUGAACUCCCUCCAGCUUAGCUUUCACCCGGUGGUGUUCCCGGGAGGAGAGGGCGGAGGGCGGAGGGACCUUGCACCGAAGCAUCCUCGAGACCCCAAACCUCCAGGCCUGAGGCCCAGCCAGCGCCGAAUGGAUGACAAAAAGAAGAAACGGAGUCCCAAGCCCUGCCUGGCCCAGCCAGCCCAGGCCCCAGGCACACUACGCAGGGUCCCUGUGCCUACCAGCCACAGCGGCUCCUUGGCCCUAGGACUUCCUCAUCUGCCAUCCCCCAAGCAGCGGGCCAAGUUCAAGAGAGUAGGCAAGGAGAAGUGCCGCCCAGUCCUGGCUGGAGGUGGAAGCGGCUCUGCAGGCACGCCCCUGCAGCACUCCUUUCUGACUGAGGUGACCGAUGUCUAUGAGAUGGAGGGGGGACUCCUGAACCUGCUCAAUGAUUUCCACUCGGGCCGGCUGCAGGCCUUCGGGAAGGAAUGCUCCUUUGAGCAGCUGGAGCACGUUCGGGAGAUGCAGGAGAAGCUGGCCCGGCUGCACUUCAGCCUGGAUGUGUGUGGGGAGGAGGAGGACGAUGAAGAGGAAGAGGAUGGGGUCACUGAGGGGCUGCCAGAGGAGCAGAAGAAGACGACGGCUGACCGUAACCUGGACCAGCUGCUUAGCAAUCUGGAAGACCUAAGUAAUUCGAUCCAGAAGCUGCACCUGGCCGAGAACGCCGAGCCUGAGGAGCAGUCUGCUGCGUAGGUGUCCCACGCAGGCCCACACUGCCCCUCUCAUUCUCUUCAAACUGUGACAUUUUACGGACUCGGGCGGGUGUUCCGCGGCCCCCCAGGUGCUAUGGGGGAGGGGGGCGUUGGAUGGAAUUAAACCAGAAAGCAAGCAAGCG